AUGGGGAACCCGCAGAUCAAAACCCACAAUAUCCGAGACAAGGAACUGCAGAGCGAAAAGCCUUCAGCUGGAAAAGCGCUCAGCGGUGUGACUCCUGCCAGUCGCUAUCAGAAGAAACAGGCGCUAGCAGCUGCUGGGCGCCGCUCCCCGCUCCCAGCGCCGCUCCGCCGCCCGGAGAGCGGCAGCAAGGCGGCGAGGCCCGGCGGGGAGCGCGGAGCCGCCCCGGAGCCUCCCGGAGCCCGCCCGGGCGCUGCCGAGGGCUCCGCCCGCCCCGCGGCCGCUUCCGGGCCCGGCGCUCGGCGGGCAUGGGGGAGCGCGGGGCGGCCCGGCGGGGGGACCCGGCCCGGCGGGGGGACCCGGCCCGGAGCGGGGACCCGGCCCGGAGCGGGGACCCGGCCCGGAGCGGGGACCCGGCCCGGAGCGGGGACCCGGCCCGGCGGGAGGACACGGCCCGGCGGCUGGAGCGCUUCGAGGCGCUGCGAGGCGGGCGCGUUCCGGGAGCAGCUGGCGGAGAAGCUGCGGCGGGAGCAGCUGCCCAGGGCCGUCCGGUACCUGGUGUGCGCCGACCCGCCGGGACCCAGGAUCGGAAAUGGUGGAUCAACUCUUCAUGCUCUUCGGUGCUUGGAAGAGCAGUAUGGUGAUCAGUGGACUUCCUUCACUGUGCUGCUAAUCCAUUCUGGUGGUUACAGCCAGCGUUUGCCAAAUGCAAGUGCCCUGGGUAAGAUCUUCACAGCCCUGCCGUUGGGUGAUCCUGUGUACCAGAUGCUGGAGCUGAAACUGGCCAUGUACAUUGACUUCCCCCGUCACAUGAAGCCAGGAGUCCUCAUCACGUGUUCGGAUGACAUAGAGCUGUACAGCACUGGGGUCACAGAAACCAUCACCUUUGAUAAACCUGGCUUUACUGCCUUGGCUCACCCCUCCGAUUUGGCAGUCGGGACCACGCAUGGCGUGUUUGUGCUAGAUCCGUCCAGUUUUUCGGGAAAGGGAGCACUGGAAUAUGGAUCAUGCUAUCGUUUCCUGCACAAGCCUGACCUGGAGACCAUGCAGCAGAGUGGUGCAGUGUGUGUGAGGGGGGAUCGCCCUCAGCUCAGCUCCCCUGGGAGCCGCAGGGACUCGGCCGUGGCCUCGGAGUGUGUGUACACGGACAGCGUAUUCUACAUCGACCACAGCACUGCCCAGCAGCUGCUGCAGUUCUACAAGCAGAUGGGCACUCUUUGCUGUGAAAUAGAUGCAUACGGUGACUUUCUCCAGGCCCUGGGGCCUGGAGCCACUCCAGAGUACACCAAAAACACGAGCAAUGUCUCCAAGGAGGACUCGGGGUUGGUGGCAGUGCGGCAGCAGCUGUACUCCCUCCUGCAAGGCACCGCCCUAAAUGUCAUAGUCCUCAACAACUCCCAGUUCUACCACAUCGGGACUACUCAGGAGUAUUUGUUUCAUUUUACUGCUGAGAGCAAACUGAGAUUUGAGCUGGACUUGCAGCCUGUAGCUUUUAGCAUCUUCCCUGACACAGCCAAGGCCUUGGAUCACUUGAGUGUCAUCCAGAGCAUCCUUGAGCCCGGGUGUGUGAUAGGGCCUGGCUCUGUCAUUGAGUACUCCAGAAUUGGGCCUGAGGUCUCGGUAGGGAAAGGCAGCAUUGUCAGUGGGUCCUACAUAAAUUUCAGUGUAGAGAUACCCUCGGACUGCUUGCUGAGUUCAGUAAGUGUGAAAAUUACUGAUCGAGUGGAGUACGUCACCAUGGUGUUCGGGGUAGGCGACGACUUGAAAAAGAGCGUGAAACUGCUGUCAGAUAUACACUCCCUCCAGUUUUUUGGAGCCAGCUUACCAGAAUGCCUUGACCUCUGGAGCUUAGAGGCUUCGGACCAGCUCUUCUCCAGUGAGGACACACGUCUGGGGCUGUGGACUGCAAGGAUUUUCCCUGUUUGUUCUACUCUGAGUGAAUCAGUUAGGAUGUCACUGAACAUGCUGAAUUCUGUGCAGCACAAGUCAGCUUUCAAACUGAGUGGCUUUCAGCUCUUGUCUGUUGAAGAAAUGCUCACCUACAAAGAUGUGGAAGACAUGCUGAAGUUUAGGAAGCAAAUUUAUGACGAAAUCUGCCUACAAAGACAAAAAGAGAAGCCUGAUUAUAGAAUGAGCAGUACUUGAAUAAACCUGUUUUCAUUUGUGGACAAUUAAUUACUUCCCAGCUCGUAAGAAUCCUAAGGGGAAAAUACACAGAUCUCUUCUCUGAUCUCAUUGAAGUAGAAAUUAAGAAAUUGAAUAACGUUAAUAAAGCAGCAAAUGCAGAUAAAGUUGUCCUUUGAUUAAAGUAGGGAAAUAUUUCAGAUCUAAAAACACUAUUCGGUAAUUUUUUGUGGGUUGCACGUUACGUCUUGUAGUUUUCAGAAUAUGACACAGAAAAAAUUGUCUAUUUGGCUGAAAUGGCUUUAAAAGCUUUUAAAGGGUAGAAUAUUAGCUCCAUCAAUGUAGAAUAAUAUAACAAUUUAUGUUUCUCUCUUUUUAUGCUGCUAUUUUGCAAUACAGUUUCAAACAGUAGUUAGGUAGAGGUAAAAUGAUUAAAAGUGCUUUUAAUUCAAGACAUCUUAUCUUGGGCAUUAAUAAAUUUUUCUCUUUUGUUUUGUAACUUUUUAUCCUUUCCUGUUUUUUGUCAGAAGAAAAACCAUUGGCAUGAGUGAUUAUUCUUCCCCUUGUGACUCGUAGUACUGAGGUCAACACCAGUUAAUCAGGACAUAAUGACUUACUUUUUUUACCAGUAGUUGCUGGAAGCUGGUAGUGUGAUGGAGAAGCUGCCAGCUCGUGUUACCCAGGGAUUGACUGAUGUGUGCCAUGCAAAAAGCAGCACCUUGUAUUUCUCCGAACUGAACUGUUGCAGUCUUUGCCAUCCAUGGUGCAGUGGAGCAAAAGCCAGGGAGGUUUGUUGUGAGUGGCAACACAGUGCAUAUCUUCAGAGAAACUCUCUUCCCCUCCUCCCACUUCUGCAAAUAACGUUAACAUCAAAGUCCUCCUGUUUCGAGUUUAAAUGCCCAAGAUCCAGCUCCAAACAGAUAAAUCUGCUAUUUUUAGGAGUAUGCUGUGCAGUGUAUCAGUGUGAUUUGGCUGUAAAUGUGAUGCAUCUUUUUCUCUUGAAUGUCUCUGUGGGUUUUCAUGUUUUAUUUAAUAUCUCAUGAUGACAGUGUUUAUCUCCCUGCUGACUGAAAUCCCAAAUGGCACCUUUCUUAUGCCACCUACGAGGCAGCAGAGUAGCAUCCCCUGAGCAUUACCACCCUUCUUUAACCUGCACUAGGUUUCUUCUUCAUUAAUAAACCUUCCAAGAAUAAAUACAAAUAAGUUAAAAUGUGGAGGGUGGGAAUUGCUGGAGUUGACUUCAAAGGAAUAAGAAUUUCUGAGCAAAUAGAGGGUCUAUAAAUUAGUAUGAAAUAUUAGUUAAACAAUGGAAGCAGUAGGUUUGGGAACACUCAAGUCCAAGGUAAACGCUUUAAGUCACAAAGUGAAAGUAGUCAUAGAGCACAGAGUUGUCAUUUGUAUAUCAUCCUAUUUACAUGAUUUAUUCACCUGUUGUUACACAAAAGAUUUUAGAAGAAACGUUUGACACAGACCUUGCCUCUUGAACUGGAGGCCAAACUUUGUUUGGUACAGAUUUCCCUGAGGGUUGCCACACUGCCAGGUGAGUUCUCCAAGUGUUUGGUAACAGUGAAAUGCAUCCUUUUAACAUGGUUAUGCACUUUAACUGUUACAAUUGUAUUUGUUCUGAAUUCCCUGAGUACCAGGUAUUGAUUUCAUUACUGAAAGUAAACUGGAUAAAAAUAGGAAGUGGAUUUGUUUCUGGCACAUAAGUAUUGGGAGAGUGAGGAAAAACGGUGAGGGAACAAAUUGGAAAAAAUUGGGGUAGGUCGGGCCAACAGCAGCUCCUGUGUUUUAGGGAGCAGUGUGAAUUCCAAGACAAAAAAAAAAGGGAGUGUCAUCCUGGUGGUAGCAGGUGGGAUCUUGAGGCAAAGGUUUUAAUGAAUAAAAAAAAUCGGUUGUAAUGGAAUAAGCAUGGAUUUACCAGGUAAGAAACAUUGUACUGCUUUAAUUCUAUGUGUCACACACCGCUUUCCUCUUACUGUGAGCAUUUUUGUUUCAAAUUGAGAAGGCAGAUUUCAGUCAGUAUUAGCCCUGGAUAACACCAGCAGGUUUAAUGGAUUUACUCUACAAGUAUGGGAAUAUCUGGUGGUGUAGCAUUCUUCAUUUUUACACUGCAAUCACGUUUAAUGUAAAAUGUUAUGAAGAACAUUGCAAUAUAUUUUUUAUUUAUAGAGAGUUAUAUUAAUUAUUUUCCAAUAUGGAGGUAUUUAAAAGCCACGUGGAUGUGACAGUUGGAGACAGGUUAGUGGUGGCCUUGGCAGUGCCAGAGGAAUGGUUGGACUUGAUGGUCUGGGAGGGCUUUGGACUUUUUCAUUCCAAAUGCUUCUUUGAGCCUACAAUUCUCUGUAUUGCAGCUAUUUAUGAAGUGUGUACAUUUUUAGCGAUAACAAAUUGCAGUCCUUACAGCAAGGGUCAUGCUACAGUGUGAGUACAUCUUAGUAAAAUCAAAAAGCCUGCAGACCGGACCCUUCCUCACAACAAUAAUGCAAGGCUGAGGUAUUCAAUCUGUGUAUGUAUUUUGUCUGUAUUGCAUUUAUAGCUCCAGGUAAUCUUUGUAUUCCACAGUCUGCUGUUAACGUAGAUGACAACAAUUUUCUCAUGCAGCCAGCUGGGAUAAGUGUGUCCCAAGGAAACUGAGAAACGUAUGCAAGGCCACUUAGUAAAACUUCACAGCAAGGAAAGUAAUGGGGUUUCUGGUUUCCAGUACCAGGCUCUUCAAACAAGACCAUCACAGCAUCCUGGUCCAUGAUUUUCCUGCAGUAUGUGUGAUGAAGGAUGCAGUCAUGAGAGUGCCAGGCACGCAGGACUCCGUGGAUGGGAGUCACUGCUGAAACCUAGAGUUUGAUUUUGGCUGAUCCUCACAGCAUUUUCCAGAUGGGUACAAUGUUCAUAUAUCCUCUGGAUCAUUGCCUGGCUCCAUCUAUCCUGAAAUGCAAUUCGGGCUGGUACAAUCUCAAACAAACUCAAGAUGAGCUUUUAAUGAUUUUUUUGAUGUCAGCUUUCUUUAUUGAAUUAGUUUUGCUGUGUAGUGCAAUAAUAGGGCUCAUAAUGAACAUGAUUGCAAUGAUUUCCCUGAAUGCCUUGAGCAUGCGCCGUGAUCAGCAGAGUUCAGCGCUGCUGUCUGUGUUUUCAGUGACCUUUGGUGCAGGAAACUGAAAUCUGAGAAACUGGGCACUUAACAAAGAGCACAAGGGAAGGCAGCUGAAAUAAAAAUGAGCAGCUGAGAGGAAUCUGUGCCAGGUGGAUUUGGGGAGCUGAUGAGAGGAAGUAAGCUCCAAGGAUCAGUUGGAUCUGUAAAGCAAUGUUUGUGCCUUGUCAGGGUGUUUUUGCUCUAGCUCAGAAGUUCCAGCCUUUUCUCAUUCCCAAACCUCUGAUGUAAGAGCUUUGUUUUUUGUCCUUUGCACUUGAGCCCCCAUGGAAAGGCCUCUCUAAUGUUGUGAGAGCAAAAAAAUAACAGCACAGUGCUGCUGUGUUCUGUUCAUCUGCUGACAUGGGGGAGCCACUGCAAACACCUUCUCCCUUACAAGGGCCAGAGUUCCUCUACUUUCUUUUUGACAACACGCAUUUUCUUUCACCACCCUUUUAAUUUCCUGGGACAUAUCUGAAUGUCACCAGAAUGGCAAUGAAGUUUAUGGGAGCAACUUAGAGCUUCUUCAAGUAAAUUAUAGAUGUGGACAUAUGUUAAUUGUGGAUAUGUUCUGAUUAAUUUGAAAUAAAGAUAAUUUCAAAAGA